AUGGCGGCAACUGGAAGAUCAAGAAGUUCACCAGUCCUAUGCCAUCUCUCUUCUCCUCAGGCGUUACCCAAUCAUCAUCACCAAAGAGCAUCCGCGUCUCCUUGCAAUAUCAAGUGUUUGUGCUCUCCUACGACGCACCCUGGCUCGUUCCGGUGCGCUUUUCACCGCCGUUUAGAAAACGAGAAGAACAGAACCCUAAAUACGCCGUCGAAGCUAAGCAAGAGUGGUAACACGACGAGCAGUUCAGGAUUGAAUUUGAGAAAAACGGUGUUGGUGAAUGCGCUCGCGAGGAUCACGAGUGUGGAGGCAGAGAGAUUAAGGUUAUCUUUAGCGGCGAGUAUGGUUAAACCGUCGUCUCUCCAUAUUGGUCGCCGGUUUGAUUUCCGGCCAAGACCUAGCCGGUUCUACGCAUUGCGUAAAGAUCAAGAUUUAAUAGCUAGGUUUUGUCGACUUUGA